UACAAUUUAGACAUCAAUAGGUAAUCUCUAAAAUCAUCAUGUUUUAUUUUAAAACUAAUAAUGUUUCAGGUUUGUAUGAUGGUUUAGUUUAUGGGUUUUGAAAUAUGAAUAUGAACAGUCUGGUAAAACAAUGGAAGUCAAUGCGUGUGAUUGUGUGUUUUUUAGUGACGUUGCAUGUCUCAGGCAUGAGGCCAGCCAAGCGGAAGCUUACAAAAGUGACACAGAGUUUGAUAGAUGUGUUUGCAGUGGCCGCAGGCAAAGCAAGCCUGACUUUCAUCUGCCUGCUUUUCCUCAGCAAACGCAAUGGUUUUCUCAUCCAUCACGGACGGUCAUUUGUACAUCAGAAUGAGGUCACUGUCCCUUUAAGAAGCAUCCUGCUCGACCGUAUGACUCCUGUCAACUGGGAGAACUGGGCUGCAAAUGCUGGUGUACGGUGAGCACAGACAGUAGGAAUAACACUAGAUCACAGAUCAACACAUGGCUGGAACAUCACGUGUGUGUCUGUUGAAUGAAGAUUAAGCAUUGUUUUCAGUGUGGAUGGGCUUAGUCCCGCCUUUGUUUAGUCCAGCGGAGAACAGGGUUGAGCUCCAUCAUGGAUCCGCUUGACAAGCCGAGCAUUGAGAACUUAAUCUUCUACAUCACCGUACCACUGUCGUCAAUUAUCAUCCUGGCCAACCUCUUCAUCAUAGUGGGCAUAGCCUGCAACCGCCAGCUACACAACACCCCCAAUUACUUCUUCCUGAGCCUGCUGGUGGCCGAUCUGUGCACCGGCAUCGCCCUGCCCUUCAUUCCACGCAUGGCCCUCGACCGGCUGCUGGAUUUCAAGAGCUGCUUGCUGAUGUACACAUUACCCAAUUUUUUAUUUCUGUCCUUCCUCUUUAAUCUAGUCAUGGUGCAUUACGAGCGCUACCUGUGUAUCGUCAGUCCCCUGCACCACAGCCAGUUCUGGGUCCAUCGCUGCUUCCCCGUGGCCUUGCUGAUCGUCUGGCUCCCCCCGUUGCUGUACGCAUCACUUCCUGCCUUCGGGUGGAACAACUGGGUGGACCCCAAAGGCAACAAGAGCUCGGACGUAAACGAGACUUUUGUGAGAUCAUACACAUCUGGGAACUACUCCGGGACGGAUGAGGUUUGCUCCUACAAGCAGGUGUUUCCCGAGGUGUUUAUUUACUUGGAGGUGUACGGGCUGGUGCUGCCCGCCAUGCUGUCCAUUGCCGGAAUGACGGGCCGGGUGUUGUGGAUCGCGCGCAAACAGGUGAAGAACAUUUGUAAGCUUCAGCGCGCCGUGGACCGUCUAGAGCAGCAGUCGGACCACGAGCAGCAGCUCAACCUGCGCUACGCCAAAUGCGUGGCCGCCGUGUCCCUCACGUUCCUGGUGUGCUGGGUGCCGUACAUCAUCUAUCAGCUGAUGGCCGUGACGGCCCUGCAGAGCGGCGUGAGCACGUCCAGCUCCUCCUUAUACAUCAUCAUGUCCUGUACGGGCAUCGGCAGCAUGGCCAUCAUUCCACUCAUACUGGGGCUGGCCAAUAAGCAGUACACAGAGCCCGUCAGCAGAGUCAUGCGUAAGCUGAGAAAGCGCUGCAGAGCUGGACAGAACAGCAGAGAUAUUACUCUUUGAUGAGCCGAAAGAUGUUUCAAUUAAAUGUGUCAAUGACUUUUAACUCAACAGUUCUGUGGUGCAUAAAAUGCUUUAUGAAGUCUAAGAACAAAACACUUACUGUUCUAUCUGUUUUAUCUGUCUGUCUCACUCUCUUUCUGUCUGUCUGUCUAUCUGUAUAUGUCUGUCUGUCUGUCUGUAUCUGUAUGUCUGUCUGUCUGUCUAUCUGUAGUAUGUCUGUCUGUCUGUCUGUCUGCAGGUCUGUCUGUCUAUCUGUAUGUCUGUCUGUCUGUCUGUCUAUCUGUAGUAUGUCUGUCUGUCUGUCUGUCUCACUCUCUUUCUGUCUGUCUGUCUGCAUGUCUGUCUGUCUAUCUGUAUGUCUGUCUGUCUGUCUAUCUAUCUGUAGUAUGUCUGUCUGUCUGUCUCACUCUCUUUCUGUCUAUCUGUCUGCAUGUCUGUCUGUCUGUCUAUCUGUAGUAUGUCUGUCUGUCUGUCUGUCUGUCUCACUCUCUUUCUGUCUGUCUGUCUGUCUGUCUCACUCUCUUUCUGUCUGUCUGUCUGUCUGUCUGUCUGUCUGUCUGUCUGUCUGUCUGCAUGUCUGUCUGUCUAUCUGUAUGUCUGUCUGUCUGUCUGUCUGUCUGUCUGUCUGUCUGUCUAUCUAUAGUCUGUCUGUCUAUCUGAAUUUCUCAUUCACUCUCUGUCUGUCUGUCUGUCUGUCUGUCUAUCUAUCUAUAGUAUGUCUGUCCGUCUGUCUGACUCUCUGUCUCACUCUCUUUCUAUCUGUCUCUCUGUUUAUCUAUCUAUUUAUCUGUCUCUCUGCCUGUCUAUCUUUCUAUCUAUAUCCAGCCAUCUAAUCUGGUAAUCAUAAUUUUUAGGGCUUUUAAUGUUAAAUAACCCAAUCUUUCAUUUAUGCAAAGUCCAUUAGAAGGUGAAAAGCAUCAUGGAUAGAGAUUUUGAACAAGUGAAAUUACACAGCGAAAUCUAGUGGACUAUGAUGUGUUAGUUUACAAUACAUGUCACAGUGUAUUACUCAAACUCUAAACAUUUAUAAAACAUUUACAAUGAGACAUACUUUUAACGUCACGAAGAGCUUGUAGUCAUAAAUGAACAAAUAUGGAACAUUUUAAUAGACCAAUGAGAGGCAAAAAACAGAUGUAUAAGUGUUUUCCAAUAGAGCUGUAUAAAUAUUCCCAGAAAGUGUCUGUCCAUUGACAAACCCAUUAAUCCCAGUGGAAGUCUGGAGAAUGUGUGUUUCUGUCUGUGCGAGCCAAACACAAAGAGCUCAAAUUUGAAUAGUGGCUAAACAAGAGAAAAAGACAAAUUAAGAUGCCUUUAUAGUUUGUGUUAGAUGUUGCGAAACUAUGAAAUAUGCUGUGUACCUUGUGAACAUUUCAGUAACGUUACUACAAACAUUGUCGACUGCACUCUAAUGUUGAUCAUUACUCAAAUACACAUUUAUAUAAAGAUAAAAGUGUUUCAUAGUCGUUUUAGUUUGGGUUUGAAUUUUACAGAGAAAUUCUGUGACUCAU